AUGGAACAAGAUGGUUAUGGCAAAGCCAUCCGCCUCACACAUGUUCUGGCUGCCUCCUUUGCCGGCUUGAUUGCGGCUGCCGCCGCCUCGCGUUACCGGAAGCAAGUGUCAACAGUGGUUGUAGACGAUAAGAUCAUUCCCAAAGUGGAUAGAUCAGAAUCAGGACGUACUCAAAAGAUAGAAAAAUUCUCACACUAUGUUGCUAGGCAAAUGGGAUUUGAAGAUGCUACUGAGGUCCCAGAGUUAUGCAUACUUGCCCAACAAUAUCUACAAAAAUCCAAAGACUGUGACCAAAGCAUAUUUGAAUAUCUUGCCAAUGAAAAGGACUCUGAAUCCCUCUAUGUCAAAUUGGUUGAUGAGUUUGAGAGAUGCAUUCUCAGUUAUUUUGCAUUUCACUGGAAACAAGCUCCAUUUGUUAUUAGUCAGGCAUUGAAUAAUCAGUCUCAGCACAAAACAAAACUGCAAGAAAUUCUAUUGGCAGCUACAAGGAAGCAAAGAUUUGAGAGAGUAACCAGAAACCUGAAGUUGACAAGAGUGUUCUCUACUCUGGUAGCAGAGAUGCGAGUAAUCGAUGACGGAGGUAAGGGAGUCAUGGUCCCCAUAGAGCUCAGCCAAAGGAGUCCAGUGCUACUGUUCAUGGGAGGUGGCAUGGGGGCCGGAAAGAGUACCGUUCUUAAAGACAUUCUUAAAGAAUCAUUUUGGUUAGGAGCAUCUUCAAAGGCUGUGGUUGUUGAGGCAGAUGCUUUUAAGGAGAGAGAUCUCAUAUAUAAAACCCUUAACUCUAGGGGUCACCAUGAUGACAUGCUUCAAACUUCUGAACUGGUACAUCAAUCUUCAAUUGAUGCUGCUUCGUCCCUACUAGUGGCGGCUUUAAACAAAGGUCGAGACGUGAUCAUGGACGGUACCUUAUCAUGGGAGCCUUUUGUGGAGCAGACUAUUGCUAUGGCAAGAAAUGUUCACAAAUGUAAGUACAGAAUGGGGGUAGGAUAUAAAGUAGCAGAGGAUGGAACAAUUACUGAAAAUUACUGGGAGGAAGUGAAUGAGACCGAAGAGCAAGCGGAAAAUUCUAAAGCGGAACAACACAGUCAUAAGCCUUACAGAAUUGAGCUAGUUGGUGUGGUUUGUGAUGGCUAUCUCGCAGUUAUUAGAGGCAUUAGGAGAGCUAUUAUGACAAGGAGGGCAGUGAGGGUAAAUUCACAAUUGAAAUCUCAUAAAAGAUUUGCUAAGGCAUUUCCAAAAUAUUGCAAACUUGUAGAUAAUGCAAGGUUGUUUUGCACAAAUGGUGUUGGUGUUCCACCAAAGCUUAUUGGGUGGAAAGAUGGUGAUCACAAUCUACUAGUGGAUCCUGAAGAUAUCAAAAGCCUGAAUAAUGUAGCGAAUUUGAAUCCUGAAGCUGAUUCCAUUUGUGAACUUCACAUGGAACCCAGUCCAUUAAUGGAACCUGGUUCUGUUUGGAAUGAUUUUGUUCUGUCACCUUCAAGGUCUAGUGUUCAGAAAGAGCUAAGGAAAUCCAUUCAUAAAAUUGAGAAGUUAGUCAGAAAAACAUGA